AUGGAUAAAGGAUGGAACAAUGCAUUCUGGGGCGAGGCUACAUCGUAUCUAAAUUUCUGCGAGGAGGACUAUGUCGUUACGCGAUACAUUGCUGAGUUUAUCAAUACACUCAGCAGCUUGACUUUUGUUGCAUAUGGAGUAUACGGCCUGUCCAGAUUCGCCCUGAGAAGCCAAACCAGCGCUCGUCUGAUUUCAUAUUGUGGAUUGAUUGGCGUCGGGAUUUGCUCUGCUGGCUAUCACAUGACGCUAAAGUACCACACUCAAAUGUCCGACGAAUUGUCCAUGCAUCUUUUGACGACGCCACUGUUGUACCGACUCUUGACGUUCCAAUCAAGCCCACGACGCACCAAAUUUGUUGGCGUGCUGCUUGGCAUGCUCUUUUCGACGGUCAUGGUCACUCACAUGCUCAUGGAUGAAUUCCUCCUUCAUGCAACGACUUUUGGCUUUGGCGUUUAUUUAAUUGCGACGCGCAUAUUAAAGCUCAUUUCUCAGCAAGUGCCUGAUCGUCACAUUCGGGACAACCUUCGCAAUAUCGCCAUAUUUGGAUGCUUAAAUUUUGCCUUUGGAUACUUUGUCUGGCUGCUGGAUGACUGGCUGUGCCAGCUGUUGACAAAUUUGAAGCAUACCGUUGGUCUUCCGUUGGCUUUUCUUUUUGAGCUACAUGGAUGGUGGCACAUCUUUACAGCUAUUGGUGGCUACAUUGCCGUUGCGCUGGUCGAUCUAAUCACUUCAGGCAAAAUUCACAAGGACCCUACCAGUGACCUUGCUUGGCCUGUCCCGCUGGCGACAAGGUUAAUGGCGGGCGCUUUGCCAUCGCCAAGAGGCUAA